AUUUUUUAAAUUAUUAUUUUCUUUCUUUUUUGGUCGACUAAUUCUUUAAAAAAAGGAUGGGAAGAGAGAUGCUAGUGCCAAAAGUGCAACUGAAACACAUGCUUUCAUAUCUCGAGAUCCGUUCGGAAUUGUCUGCCCUUGCGAAAUUGUCGUAUAUUUACACAUUUACGUUCGAUCAAGUGAGCUGCACGGCAGCAUCCAACUGAUUUCGAAAAUUUUUUACCAAAAAGUUUCAAGAUGCGUACAGCUAAAAAGGGUAAAGACGAAGCCAAUCAAGAGGUCUGCAAUAUAGAUGCAAGCGAAGCGAAAUCCUUCUUGGAGAAGAUCUUGGGUGAUGUGAGCAAGUCUUCGGCAACUAAGCAAAUCAUCAUUGGCAGUACUUCGGGAUGGGUAACUGGAAUUGUCACUGUAAAAAUCGGGAAGGUAGCAGCUUGUGCAGUCGGUGGUGGAAUUCUCAUAAUGCAAAUUGCUGCGCAUCAAGGUUACAUAAAUAUUAAUUGGGACAAAAUCUCGAGAAAGGCUGAAAGUAUCACAGAUAAGGUGGAAGAAAAAAUUACUGGAGAGGGACCAAGUUUCACAGAUAAGGUUGAGAGAUUCGUCGACAAAAAGCUGGACAAAGCUGAACGAUUGCUGAGGCAAGGGGAGACUCGUACGCGGCGUUGGUACCAUGCGUUUAUCGGUGACGAUAGCUUCCAGCCGAAGGAAGUACAUUUCUUCCUCGUCUCAUUCGCGGCUGGCGUCGCGCUCGGUAUUGCCACUGCUAACUAGGUAAUAAGCUGCUGCACUCUGAAUGCAAUCAAGAAAAAGGUCGAUAUUCACAUCACUCCGAAGAAUAGCCACCCCGUCGUCGUUGUCGUUGAUCAUGAUGAUGAUGCCGUCGACGAGUACAAUAGCACCAUCAUGAAGGAAGUGAAAAACAAGAUCAACGAACUGAAGAAGUGGGUGGUGCGGGCUACGCUUAAACCCUAGAUAUGUAGCUUUAUUUCAAGUCUGUCACUGAUAACAGCGAUGAGUAAAACUUACUCGCAUAUUGUACAGACACUUAGUUGCGAUUAACAUUAUUUUAGACGUUUAAAUAAAAAUAGAUUGUGAAACAAAUCACAAAACUUUAUUUGUAACACAGUCUUCUAAAUUAACAGAACUACCUAGUAGUAGUGUGUAGUAAAUUUUAUUCGUCGCUAUCAGUCUAGAGUCGGUAUAUCAAACAAAUGAAAGUCCUCAAUUUUUUCAACGUCUGAGAUUUACAAAGAAAGGAUUGAAUUUAUUUAGGCUAGUAUGGUACUGUCUAUUAAAUUUCGCGUUAUACUUGAUAAAUUUAUCGGAAUGUUUCUUACGAAAGGAAAUUUUAACAAGUUUUAGAAUCUCGAUAAUUUUAUCAGUAGUUGCAUAGACUGUCUAUGAAGAAAAGUAUAUAUAAAACACGUGUGCAUAUAAAACAGUAUACAGAUUUCUUGGUCGUUCGGAAUGCAGCAAGAAAUUAGUCACCCUAAUAUAUAAACGUUAAUAUAAUAUUGUACACUACUUGUAAAGGAUAGAGCAACUUUCUCGGCGAUUUAUAGGCUUAAUUCGCUCUAAUCACGCUAUAUUUCCAUCACGUUUAUACAGAGAUCUUAGAAUAUCAUCUAUGAUAGAAAAUAUUUAACAAUUUCAGUCAUUGUUUCACUAGUCAUAGGUAUCGUAAUAAUAUGAUUUAGAAUCAAUAGGAACUUAUGCCAUCUUAAAUUUAAUCUUGCUAGAUGUGUAUAAUGUGUGAAGAUUAUAUUAAAUUACUAUUAUACGAAA